CCAUGCGUGGUGCGAAAUCUAAACCGCGGCCUUCUGGCAGCCGCGCAUUUUCCUUGGCACCGUGACCGCCUCCGACCCCGGCUUCGCAUUGCAACCCUCGGCCCCGUCAGCUCGAGUUGCGGGGAGACCCCUCGCUCAUGCCCGCAGACCCACACGAUGUCCAACUCGCUGCGCCAUGAAGUGAUACAGCUCUACAAACAGCUGCUGUACCUGGGGCGCGAGUACCCCAAGGGUGCCGCCUACUUCCGCGACCGCCUCAAGCGCUCGUUCCAGCGCAACGCGGACGAGCGCGACCCGGAGAAGAUCCGCGCGCUGCUGGAGCGCGGCCGCUACGUGGGGCGCGAGCUCGAGGCGCUCUACCACGUGCGCAAGUACCGCGCCCUCAAGCGCCGAUACUACUACGACGACACCAGAGCCGGCGGCGUCGGCGGUACCGGGGGCCGUGGCACCAGCGAUCAGGACUGACGGCGCUCGACCGAUUGGUGGUCGCCGGUGGUGUUCGGCGGGAGGGGAUCGGGGUUCGGUGGUUCGGUGGUUCGGCAGAAGCGUUUGGAGUUGCGUGGGUUUGAUUCCCGGCGAUCGUUUGGGAUUAGGUGGCAGAGACAAUGUUGUGGACGUGGUGACUUGAUAUGGACACUGUACGCACCUGAUCCUUGUCGGACAUUCACCACUCGCCUGACCCUCGCCAGCCACCAGUUCAUACAAUAGUGGGACGUCCGUUGAAAUUCAAUCGAUAAGCAGCGCUACGGCCAGUAACCACAGUUUUUGGGUAAGAGGUCAGAUAUUUGUGUAAUUCUGACCUUGUUUCCUUAAACUGCAUAAACAUAAACAUCACAAGAUUUUUAAUGCCACCUUCACGUUAUAGGUGGAGCGGUUUAUGAUGACAUAUCCCGAAAAACAUAUGUACAUGUAAAUAGUAUGCAUGUAUGUUGAACUUAUUUUGCGCCGUACGUAGCCAACCGUGUUAAACGGACGUGCGGGGUAAGGACAACAAACUAAACAGACAAAAAGUGACUUUUAUAAAAAUAUACUCUUGUGAGUUGGAUCGCACAGAUAGUGGACUUUUUGUCCGAUGCAUAUGACAGCAUCUUCAGAUGGGAUUGCAUUUUACUUUAUAAGCCCAACGUGUGAAUGGGGUGUUAAACCCUUGUUGCCACGGUGGAUCCUCUUUACGAAUUGGCAAAAAUGUGUUAUUUGACGGAUGUCCCUGGAAAAACUUGAUGAUCCAUCUGCAUUUAAGAUCAUUUAAGUGAGCUACAUUGGAAAACUGUCAUCGACUUUUGAUAGUUUAUAUUGUAUCAUCUCCCCACAGAUGGACACAGAUGGAUCACUUUUUUCCAUUGACUUAAUCCACCUCUCAACUGACGCCAACUACUUACUGGACCAUGAGGUGGUAUGGGUUCUGGAGUUGUUCCCGGGAAACCCGAUCAAGUAAUUGAAUCACGGGAGGGAGUGAAUCGUCCCAGUUGUGCCAGCAACUUGCUCAACAAGAGACUCCAGAUUAAUCGCGUGUUUGCUGACACCAACAUUUUAAACUCCAGAUCUCAGCACCGCCACCUCAAUGCUUGACAGUGUUAACCUCCUAUCAGAGGUCGCAACCGGGUACCCGAUACCCGUACCCUGCCCGAUACCCGGCUACCCGUACCUGGCCGGGUACGGGUACAGGUACCCGUUUGCGACCCUGGUGCGGCCGGGUACGGGUAAGGAAUCAAAACCCGUUUGCGACCUCUGCCUCCGAUGCAGCCUGACCAUUUCUCCAAAUGCGUUGCGUCUUUCGAGUUGUACCGUGAAAGCCUCUCUUCUCCGGGAGGGUUACCUUCUUGAAAACGCUCGCGCAUGCAGGAUUCGCGAAUGCAGAAACCCGGUUCCAGUGGGGAAAGGAUGGGGUUGCGUUCCUGGGAUGAGUGAGCAUAGCGGGUAAAUGGCAAGUGCUUAAUAACAAUUACGACAAUACGUAAUAUGUUUUUUUUAAUUUCCUUUGAUGAUGAUCUAACAACGGGUUUGCGGUAUUCACAUUGCCAGUUAUAUCCCAGUUGGUGCCAUGAUGUUGUAACAGUAUCUCAAAGGGAUUUGUCACCGACAACAGAGGAGUGGUCACGUAUUGUCUGGGGAGACACCGCGCUAGAAUAAAACCUCUUAACGCCAGACUACAUUUUGUGGGGAGCUUUUACAGUUAUGGGGUAUGUCUGACAUACUUUAAUUGAGGACAGUAGACUCGACUUCGCGUGCUAAAUGAUGGGGAGAAUGGCCAUGGAUAAGUAAAAAUCGUGGAUAAUCCACAAUUAUCCAUCGAUGGAUGCACGUGCUCAGUGAUGAUAACACUUUCCUGCUCCCGCGCAGAAGACUCGGCCCGCUAAGUGGAUGAUAGCAGAGCCACGCCAAUCAACAUCAAUCAAACUCCGCCCCCACUGUUGUAAAGAUAUGUAACUCCUGUACUGUAGAGGAGAUCGCGUUUGAUUCACCGGAGAAAAAUGUUUGUUCGGUUUAAGCACGUGACUUGCAAUACACAUUUCCAAGAAUAACAAUGUAUCACCGUUUUUAGAUAAUUUGGGCUUAAGGGAAAAUCUAUUAGUUGUUAAUUUAUGUUAAAAUCUCAUGUGCAUGGUUAAUCCGCAAAUCGGAAAAACCGCACACAGAUUAUCGAGAGUCUAGUGUCAUUGCUAAAUCACUACAUUUCGAAAUGCUGCCAUGGUAGUUGAAACGAAGACACAAGUUUCUCGAAUUCCACCGGCUCUUCACCCCGCAGUAUAAAUGGCUACACCGCUGUUCGUCAAUUGGCAGGUCGCAACGUGGUGGCGUUAAAGCGAGGAUACUCCCAUCUCUUCCAAGACUUGUGCCCAGCGUAGUAGAGUAAGCCAAACUACCCGACCGAUCCCAGAGCGGAGGGCCUCUACCGUCACCCCGAGUGGAGAAUCUCUGCCGAGACUCCCGGUGGGGAGAGUGUUGUCUUGUCGAGUCGUGUGUACGUGACGUCGCAUGCUUCUUAAAUACAAAAUUGUAAACAAA